CACACCCCUCCCCCUCCCGUGUCUCCGGUAAUCCUCCGGUCUCUCUCGGUGCGGUCGUCAUGGCGGAAAUUAAAACGGGAAUCUUCGCUAAGAACGUGCAGAAGCGCCUGAACCGAGCCCAGGAGAAGGUUCUGCAGAAGUUGGGAAAAGCAGACGAGACCAAAGAUGAGCAGUUUGAACAGGUGGUCAUCAACUUCCGGAGGCAGGAGACUGAAGGUUCUCGGCUGCAGAGGGAGAUGAAGGCCUACAUGUCUGCCAUUAAAGGGAUGCAGCAAGCAUCCAUCAACCUGACUCAGUCUCUGCACGAAGUCUAUGAACCCGACUGGCAUGGAAAGGAUGACGUCCUGACCAUCGGGAAGGACUGUGAUGCAUUGUGGGAAGACUUCCACAACAAGCUGGUGGACUCGACACUGCUAAAUCUGGAUGCAUACCUGCAGCAGUUUCCAGAUCUCAAGACCCGUGUCGCCAAAAGAAGCCGCAAACUCAUUGACUAUGACAGUGCCCGACACCACAUGGAAACCAUGCAGACGUCUGGGAUGAAGAAUGACCGCAAGAUGAUCAAAGCAGAGGAGGAGCUCAAAAAGGCACAGAAGGUGUUUGAUGAGUUGAAUACUGGUCUACAGGAAGAACUGCCAACUCUUUGGGAUCGGUGA